UUUUCUUUUAUUCUGGAGUAGGAGGGAGAUUGAGUGGAAGAGAAGUCAGAUUUUUGGUGAUUGAAAAAAACAAAUUGUAUUAAAAAUUCAUGGAGUCAGGAAAUGGAAUGUUUUGUAUUGAAGGAACAGUAAGGAGGCCAGUGUCACUGGACACAAAGUGCAUAGGGGUAAGUAGAGUGAGAAGACAAGACAGGUAGGGGCAUCCUCAAUUUAUCAAGGGCUUUAAUAGAGAAACAGAAGAUUUUAUAUUUCAUUUUGGAGGCAAUUACAGAGCUAUUGGAAUUUGUUGAGUAAAGGGGUGACCUAGUCAGACCUGAAUUUUUGGAAGAUCAGUUUGACAGCUGGUUGGAGGAUGGAUAAGAGUGAAAAGAAUUUUGAAGCAUAAAGAGAAAAUCUGCAAGCUAUUGCAAUAGACAUGGUAUAAGGCAAGUUUCAUUUUCUUUGUCAGAUUUUUCCAUGAUAAUAUAAAUGUUUUGGGAAAGCCUAUUCAAACUUUUGUAAAAGGUUUAUUGUAAUCUUUUUUUGCUUGCAUGUUAACAAUUUUCUUUGAAUUACAGCCAGUGAUAGCUUUCCAAGUUUGCAUUUUGGAAAUUCAACAUUUUCCCUUAUACAAAACUUAUACAAAAAGUUUUAUCCUUUUCCACUCUAAAAUAACUAGCUCCUGUCAUGGUCAUUCUCAGGGUAUUUACUGGUAUCCAUUAUAAGCUGGUCAGACCACUUAUUCUGAUAUAUCUACUAACUGGCAAUGCCAAUGAUUAUAUAUAACACCUGUGGCUUAAUAAUAAGAAUCAGCCAAUUAUAAAUGAACUCUUUUGGAAAACAGGAACCUAUGUGUAAGGAUGACUAAGGGCUUUUAUGGUUAGUCUUCCUGCUUCAAGUCUUUCCUCAUUCCAGUCCAUCUCACUCAAUGCCACUUGGUUGCCAAAGUGAUUUUCCUAAACCCUCUGUCUAAAUUUGUCAUAUAUCCCUUAAUAAACUCCAGUGUUUCCCUAGUAUAUCUAGGAUUGAAUCUCAUCCACUGCUGGGCAUUUAACCCUUCACAACCUUGUUCCUUCCCAUCUUUUCUGUCUUUUUAUAUUUUUUUAUAUUUUAUUCCUCUCCACAUAUUACAAUCUGGCAAUACCAUAUGUCACAAUGCACUACACACCCAUCUCUUUUCAGUUUCUCAGACUGGAAUUUUCUCCCUCCUCAACUCUGCCUUCUUGAUUCUCUUGCUUUCAACAUUCAGCUCAAGUCCCACCUUCUGCAGGAGAACUUUUGAGGUUUCCCUCACUGCUAAUGCUUUUCCUCUGAGACUACCUUCUAUUUACACUGUAUGUUAUUUGCACAUAGUUGUAUAUUAUGUUCUCCAUUAGACUGUGGGCUCCUUGAGGAAAGAGACCCUCCUGUUCUUGCCUUUCUUGGUAUCUCCAGCAUUUAAAGCACAGUUAAAGUUUAAGGAAUGCAAGUCAAAUCUAUAUAAGUUUAUGUUUAUAUAGUAUACUGUGGAGGAGAGAAAUUAUAAAGCAUGCAAAAGGACAAGAAGCUGGAGAUUGAUCAGCUGUCAAUCAAAGGAAGAUUCCAUUUGGAAUGUUACCUGGAAACAGUUGAAGGCCAACUGUUAACUGGAUUUUCUGGGCUUUUGGCUGAUGGUGGUGACUUUGAAAGAAGAAGCUGGGUUUAUCUCUGGGAUUUGGGAUAAUCAAGUUGGAGGUGGCCUGGCUGAUUUGAAGGCAGAAGAACAAUAGUCCAUAUAUCUCUCUCUGACUUGCUCUGUUUCAUGGCAGUGAUUGAAUUGCCAUUUCUCUCAAUAUCCUCCAACCUAAGGCUCCCGGUAGAUAAUAGGGAAAUCCCAAACCUCUUACCUCCAUUCUCCAUCUUGUCCUGUUUCCCCCAAUAGACCCUUACCUGAGAUAAAGAUGAGAAAAUAAUAUUUCCUCUGAGACAUCAUAGCUCACCCUGAGUGACUUAGAAGGAGGCUGAAGAAGAAGGAGGAAGGGGAAACGGAAGGGAAGUAUAAAAGGGAGGAGGGUAGGCAAAAGAAGAUAACUAGCUGAUCCAUUAGUUAUCAUUUAUCCAUCUAAUAUAACCCCCUCCAAGAUUGUCUAUUACAUAUACUUUAUAUACAUGGAAUUCCAUAAAAGUAUAUUUUCUAUAUAAACACAAGUAUAUUAAGAAUAUCUAUCAGUAUAUGUAGUAUAAGUAUAGAAUUCUACAUAAGCAUAUUUUACAAUAGUAUAUUUAUAUAGGUACAUAUAGGGCAUACUAUAUGAGUAUAUGACUAUAAAAUACAUAUUUCUAUAGAAACGUUUAGAAUACACAUAUGCACGUAUUUUAUACAAGACUAUAUAUGCAAGCAUAUAUUAUAUAUAUAUAAAUAAUUUUAUAAAAGGAUACAUAGAUUAACCAUAAAGAGAAUAAACACAAAUAUACACCAAGUAUUUCAUUAUACACCAAGUGACACUCUACUCCUAGACCUGAAUGAACCCAGACCGAAUCCUUAAACAAUUUUUCUAGGGCCGAGUUGUGGUGCAAGUAGGAGAAGAGAGUGAGAAAAAGAGCCUUCUGGGACUCCGCAGGUGCAGUGUGCGGGAUCGGUACGUGGCACUUCGAGACUGUAGCGGUUCUUUAGGUCCAGAGAUAGACACGCUUGCCCACUCGCCCAGCAGAGACCUUGUUACUGAAGAGCACUGGUUUUUCCUGAAUUGUCAAUAAAGUUAUUUCUAUCCGUGGUCUCUGCCCCCGAAGGGUCCUUCUUCAGGGUCCUUCUUCUGCCGCCAGGGCCUCUAGGCCUGAGCAGAGUCCAGGGACCCGCGGCUCAGCUCGAGCGGGCCUGGCGGCGGGAGACCUGCAAGGGCUCGGGGAGCGGGGCCAACCCGGCGAGGCGUAGCGCUAGGGGCUCUGGUUGUGGGCACAAGGGGUUAGGGACGGUGCCGGCGGCAGCGGCGGCUCAGGCACUGCCGAAGCUGCCUUGGAGCCGUGUGGGGCGGGGCUGAGAGAACUCAUGUCUGCGGCGGGGUCAGUGGCGGCGGUGGUGCUGCGAUUCCGGGGCCGGCUUAUCCCCGCGCUCCUUGGGUCGCCUUGGGUCGCUCCGGGCAAAAGCCGGAGCCUGUCUGUCAUGUCUGCAGAAUCUCAUUGGUUAACAACAGAAGAAAGGAAUCAAGUUAUACAUGACCUCAAAGCCUCAGGAUGGUCAGAAUUAAAUGAAAGAGAUGCUAUAUAUAAAGAAUUCUGUUUCAAAAAUUUUAAUCAGGCUUUUGGAUUUAUGUCCCGAGUUGCACUACAAGCAGAAAAGAUGAAUCACCACCCUGAAUGGUUUAAUGUAUAUAACAAGGUCCAGAUAACUCUCAUUUCACACGACUGUGGUGGACUGACCAAGAGAGACGUAAAACUGGCACAAUUUAUUGAGAAAGCUGCUGCUUCUGUUUAAUGCCAUUCAAACUACAUCUUGACCACGUCUUGACUACAAAAGAUGUUGAAAACAACCUACAUGACCAAUUAACUUCUAAAUUUCUAAUUUACUCUGUAUUAAGAUAAAGAAGAUCUUAACUAUUAAAAUGAUUUGAACUUUUAUCUGGAUCCAUUUCAAUCAUGUAUUAAAAAUAUAGGUAAACCAACUAACUUCAGUACCUUAAUAACAAAGUAGAAAAACUAUUACCUUGAAUAUCCAAAAUAAUUUUUGGAAACUUCAAAUAUUAUAUCUGGCAAAUUGAACAUUAGAAACUCAAGCCAGAAGUUUGACUUUUGCAAAUACAUGGGUAUGCUAGAAAACAUUGUAUAAAAUUUGAAAAGAUUUGUGAUAAUUUUAUAUAAUAAUUUUUAUAAAUUUUCAAAUAAGUUUUAUCAAUGUUUUCAUUACAGUUUUAAUAAAGUUGAAAAAUCUUCCAUGAAUGGAAAUUAUCCUCAUCCAAAUAACUAAUGAUAAAUAUCUCCUAUGACCAUAACAUAAUUUACCUUCAUAUUUGAUAAUUUCUUUUAUUAACCCCUUUAUUGUUGCUGUCACUGAGAUAUCCUUUUUUAAAAAAUGUCAUUGUUGAUACUUAAGUUUGCAUUAAGAAUUAUACAUUCUACAUGAUAAUUUUGAAUUAACAUUUAUGUUUUGUAAGUUACACUAGUAUUGUCUUAAACAUAGGUUCGUGGUUAGAAAACUAAGACCUAGUUUCAAAUCUCACCUCUAACACAUAUUAGAUAUAUGAUGACCCUUAGGUCAAAAUCUCUAAAUCUCUCAGUACUCUAGCCAGAGGAGCCAAACUGACUUUUUCAAAACUCCCAAGUGCAAGAACCACUUAAUGUAAUUGGGAAAUGCUUAACAAAAUAACAAUAUACUGUAAAAUAAUGUUAAUUUGUGGUUUUCUAAGUCAGUAUGUGGCUAGCAGAAACUAAGUUUCCAUUUGAAUUUCACAUGACGACUCUAGGCACCUUCUAAGACUAUCAGAAGAUGCCAACAUGCGUUGACAGGAAUUUUCCCACUUGGGAAUUUCCUAUAUUAAUGAAAUCAAAGGUCUUGUCUGUAAUCUAUCUUGGUAUUAUCAUACCCCUUUUACAGAAAGUGAGUCCUGGCAUAAAUGAACUUGUCGGUAGGCACACAAACUUAAAAUAAAAGAAUUAUUAGUCACAGUAA